AUGUCUUCUUCCUCUUCAACCUCAAACAAAAUCAAAGAAAUCAAUGUGAUCGUGGUUGGUGUUAGUGGUUCGGAAACCGUCAAAGGGCCGUCUGGAGUUGGGAAAUCUCUUCUUUGCAAUCGAUUCGUCCGACCUGCAGCAGAUGAAUUUCAUAGAGAACAUUCAUCGGUUUUGUCACAGAUAGACUUCUGCGGUAGUCCAGUCAUCAACAAAGACCAUUGGUUAUACUGGGGAAGUCGUUUGUUGAACUGUCCAGAGGGUUCAACUCCAAGUGUUGUCAUUCGGGUCGCCGAGCAGACAGAAUUCCUGGAUGACGAAACGUUCGAAACCAUCGCUGGAUGUUCGAAAUCUGAAAACUACAGUCAGAGAUGCAGCAGGACGAGUUUACAGAGUCGGGACAAGUUGAUGUAUAUACAGAAAGAACAACUCGGUCUGGAAUCUGAAUUCCCCCAACACCUCCUCCCUGAUGGAAAGUUCAACGUCGACGGCUUUAUCCUAGCAUGUGCCGUGUCCAAGGACUCCCCACUCCACUCGAAUCAUGUCUUGAACAUCGCCAAAUCAAUAUCGAAAACCAAGAAACCAAUUCUCAUUGCACUGACAAAAUGUGAUGAAUUAAGUGAAGACAGCAAGAGACAUUACAUGAAUUUAUUUCUGACAACCAAGGAGUUGAAACAUGUUUUAUGUAAUUUACCCCCAGUGGAAACGUCUUCAGUGAAGAACGUGAAUGUGGAGUAUUUGUUCGGAACGAUGGCUUUGUUGUGUCUAAGAUCUCAGAAGUUGGUGAAGAAACCGUUAGGAUAUCAGGAGGCGUCACUUUUUGUGGAGCAAAGGAAUCUGCAUGUCAAAUGCUGCUUCUCGACCCUUCUCUCCCAAGCGGUUCCCCUCUGCGUCUACCCAAAAAAGUGUCUCAGUUGGAAACAAGUUCUAGCCGAUAUCGAUCGCCAUCCUGAUCUCAUGAAUUUUGUGACAGUAUUCGGAAGUCGGGUUGCAUUCGAAAUGUACGAGAGAUAUGUGUCUGAAGCGAAGGAAUUGUGGGCAAUGAAUAGACUGCGAUCCAUGGUGCCCCGCCUUUUUGAUAUAUUCCAAGUGUUUCUCGACGUCAUCGAUUUGACUGAAAUGGAAUGGAACAUGGCGAGAGAUUACAUGAGAUGUCAUCCACUAUUCAAUGUUCUUUUUGAGUCGAAUGAAUACGACUUGGAUAUGUGGACACCCAAGACGUUCAACGUGGAUGAGAAGUCUAGACUUCCUGCGGAAAUUCUACUUCUUCCAGAAGCUGCGAAGGUUUUCGAACAGUUUAGGGUGACGACUCAAAACUUACGUCUUGUGCAUCAACUGGGCCAAGAAUUCGAGUAUCUCCUCCCGGAAAUCCCUCAAAUUCUUCCCGGAGCAUCCCUUGACUCAUCUUAUCCCUAUUUUCAAAACUUUGGAAUAGUCAAGAAACUGACACCAGAUCUGAUCGCAGAAGUAUACGAUAGAUUCCAACAAAAGCUAAUGGAUAAUGCAAGAACUCAACUGGAAGAGUGCCUUCUGGAAGCUUCUUCGUCUAUUCAGAACUCCUGGAAAUCAUCAGAAUACAUCCAUGUGGAUUUCAAAAAGAUGGAAAAUGUAAGGAAUUAUUUGGAAGGAGAUGAAAGAUACGAGUGGAUGAAGUUGAUGGAAAUGGAGAGAGAUCGAAUCAUUCUCUCAUUUCUCCCAUUCAUUUUCAAUGCUUCCCCACUCAACUGCCCUUCAUCUGAUAUGUGUAUCGAUAUUGUUGGUACUUCGAUACUGAAUGAUUUCUCUGAACAAACGAGCACUUUUGGAGGAUCUUCUGGAUUUUCGGAAUGUUUUGAGGCGACGAGAAAGAAUUCGGGGAAGAAAAUACCAAGGAUUCAGAAGUUCAUGCAAUUGGGUACAUUGUAA